AUGACGGUCAUGCAGAUUUGUUCCACGACCGGCUGUGAUGUGGUAGGACUUCAGGAAAUUCGACGACAGGGGCAAGGUUCAAUUGCACACGACGGGUACGCGAUCAUUUGGAGUGGCGCCCGUGCUAGCACCAAGGACAAGAUGGGUGUACACGGUGUGGGCAUAGCGAUCAAGGAGGCCAUGUGGGAAAGUGUGGGCGAGGNGGGGCAAGGUUCAAUUGCACACGACGGGUACGUGAUCAUUUGGAGUGGCGCCCGUGCUGGCACCAAGGACAAGAGGGGCGUACACGGUGUGGGCAUAGCGAUCAAGGAGGCCAUGUGGGAGAGUGUGGGCGAGGAAGGUAGGACGGUGGAGUGCAUUAGCCCGAGGCUGACGAAGGUGCGUCGACCAAUUGGCCGCACCUGCGGAGUAGCUUUCAUGGUGGGGUACGCCGCCACGGAAACUAUCCGCACCACCGCGGGCGGUGAUAUUAACGCCAAGGAAUCCUUCUGGAUUGCUCUCGGCGCAGCCAUCCGGGAAGUUCACAGCCGUGACCAUCUCGUGGUGGUAAUGGACGCCAACGCACGCACUGGUAGGAGGCGAGACGGGUGCUGCGAUGCCAAGAUUAUGGGCGCGUACGGACGCGAUAUUGUGAAGAACAACGGGGAACGACUCCUUGGACUGGCAACAGACAACCAACUUUCCCUGACCAAAACCUACUUCCGGACACCGAAAGGUGAAGUGCAGCACACAUUUCAGAGCUCCAAUAAGGGGAAGGAGAAGUAUCGCCCCGACGUCAUCCUCAUGCGUCAGACGGCCCGGCGUGUCGUGCGUAAUGUCUCCGUCAAACGUGUCGACUUCAAAGACUCUGACCACAACCACGUGCUUACGACUGUUCGCCCGCGCCCCCGUGUCGCACCCAACCGACGAGUGCGGGGGAACAGCGGAAGCAGCCGGAUCCGUAUCGACCUCGAGCGGUUGAGGAAGGACAAACACCUACGGAUCGCCUUCGAAAACAGGGCCUCCAACCGCCCUCCGCCCACGGCGCUCAAGCCGCCGACGGGAGAGACCGCCGCCGAGCUGACGGCUACGGUGAUGUCGGCCGCUGCUGAGACCGCGAGGCUAGUGCACGAGCGAAGCGCAGCACGAGAUCUCCGAAGCCUCGAGAAGAAGAGCCGCGACGGGGACCAGGCGAGUUUUGACAGGCACCUGAAGGUGAUCGACGUCGAAGGUAAGCGGUCGUACACCUCUCAGAACAUCAAGGAGGAGAACGGCAAGGUCCUUCGGGACCCCACGUUUAUUCGCCAACGGUGGGCACGGUGGUUCCACAAGCUUCUCAACACCAAGUCGCCGACCAUCGACCUGCAUGCGGCUGACAAGGUCAAGCGGUGGCCCACGUGCGAGCCACUCGACGUCAUGCCAUCUCUACUUGAGGUUGAGGAAGCGGUACGGGAUAUGGCCAACGGAAAGGCCGUCGGGCCGGACGACCUACCGGCUGAGCUGAUCAAGCUUUUCCUGGACGGAGAUCAAGACUGGGGACGUAUCACAGCAGUGGAAGGAUGCCACCAUCAAAGUGCUUUUCAAGAAGGGGACACGAUGGAGUGCGGACUCUACCGGGGCAUCUCCCUCGUCGCACACGCCGGCAAGGUGCUGCUCACGGUCGUUGCUACACCACUGAGCCACUACUGCGAGCGAGAGGGCAUCCUCCCGGAGGAGCAGAGCGGUUUCCGCCCACACCGGUCGACGCUCGACAUGGUGUUCGCCAUCCAGCGGCUCCAUGAGCUCGCGAGAAAGAAGAGCACUGCGGUGUUCGCAUGCUUGGUCGACCUCACCGAGGCAUACGAUUCGGUGGACCGAGACCUACUGUGGGACGUGCUCCGACGCUUCGGCGUGCCCCCGAAGAUGCUGGCGGUCAUUCGCCACUUCCACGAGGGCAUGAGGGCGCGCGUCCGAACGGACGACGGGCAGUACUCGGAAUGGUUCGACGUGGGCCAAGGCCUCUGGCAGGGAUGCAACCUGCGGCUCCAUGAGCUCGCGAGGAAGAAGAGUACUGCGGUGUUCGCGUGCUUCGUCGACCUCACCGAGGCAUACGAUUCGGUGGACCGAGACCUACUGUGGGAUGUGCCCCGACGCUUCGGCGUGCCCCCGAAGAUGCUGGCGGUCAUUCGCCACUUCCACGAGGGCAUGAGGGCGCGCGUCCGAACGGACGACGGGCAGUACUCGGAAUGGUUCGACGUGGGCCAAGGCCUCUGGCAGGGAUGCAACCUGGUCCCGCUGCUGUUGAAUUUGUUUUUUGCCGCGAUACUCAUGGUCGCCGUGGCCGAGUUCGACAAGGACCCCAAGGUGACGGCGGACAUGGUCAAGAUCGGGACACAAGUGGAGUACACGGGCAAGCAGGGCAGGUCGGCGGGGAAGAAGACGAUGGUGGUGACGGACGCGGAGGCCCUGUUGGCCAUGCGCUACGCUGACGACGCCGCCAUCGUCUCGCGCUCGCGAGAGAGUCUCGAGCAGAUGAUGUCGGGCAUCGUGUNUCACGGUCAGCGCCGCCGGCCAGACGUACAAGCAGACAGAUCGGUUUGUGUACCUCGUACGUACCAUCUCCGCGGACGGGAAGGCCGACCGGGAGAUCACGAGCCGCAGCUGCCGAGCGUGGCAGUGCUACCGCCCGAACAGUGCUUCGAUGUACGACAGGCGACGGGCCAACCGCCAGCGGAGCACUACACGAAGCUCAAUGGGACCCACCGCCAGUUCCUNGGAAGCGGUGGUGGGGGGGACGAAAUAGCGACCGGGCACUGCUGUAGAAGCGAGUAGGGCGACCGAGGCAGCACUCGUGGUGAACUAUGUACCCGGCUGAUGCUGUUGCGCCCUGUUUCCCUCCCUGUUGUAUGCUCUACUCCUUUAUGUCUGUCCUUUGUAUUGCCUUCGGCCUCUGUGCUGUGUUUCUGUGUUUCUUUUUUUCAUGACCUCCCUGCCUACUCUGCUGUGUUGGGUACCGUGAUCUCGCUUCGCUGUUGCCUUUGUUUUUGCACGUCUGGCUGUCUGCCCAUCUGCCGCCUCUUUGUCCUGUUUGCUCCGUUACUUCCAUGCCCUGGUGCGUAGUGCCUGGUGCUGGUACGUUACCCUUUGAUUUUUUGUUUGGGCGGGUGUGGGAAGCGUCCUCCUUUAUUCUUGUUUUUGUUUUAGGUUUGAUCGGUUUCUGAGGGCUCAUUUCUCAAACGGUCGGUGCGAUACCUGUUCUUUUCUUUCUAUCAUUUUGUUUUCUUU